GUUAGGAUGACGAACCCUACCGUCCUGUCUGUUGCCUACCGGUGGUGCUUCGCGCUGUCGAGGGAAAAGCCGGUUGAAGAUGCCUCCAAUCCACGUACGCCCGGCACAACCAGCCAGCUGGACUCCAGGACCUCCUUCGGGGGACGAUUCCAGGGAUCUGUGGUGUCGCUUACGGCGCACAGUGCCGUAGCCGAGGAUGGCGCUCUCAACAGCCCCGUGUCCACGUCUGCGAGCUGGGCCAGCUUGAACACGAGUUUGGGUCACGGAGACGGACACAACGCACUGCAAGACGUGGAGCUGAGCCAGGUCUUCGACAUCUUGCCGAUCUACGGAAGGCUGGAACCCGGCGAGACGCAGGUCGCCACUUUCACGUAUGAAGCCCUCCGCGAUCGCUCCUUCAAAGCUGUAGCGGUGUGCAUGGUGGACGGCGGCCCCGAGUACGAGGUGGCCCUGAAGGGCACUGCUGCGCCGUGCAAAUACAGCUUGGACAGGAACGAUUUGGAUUUCGGCGACAUUCCCUUCACCGAGGUGCGGACUAUUUCCCUGUAG